AACAGCAUUAAAGAAAAUCCACGCAAAUAUUCUUCGCAACACGUUGGACUGUUUAGAUUGCAUUUAAACGGUCGCACAGAACUGUGUGCGUAAAAGCUCUGGUUUCGUAUGUAAUUGGGUAAAUUGUAAUGUGAGUAGAUUGCGCCCUCCAGAGGUCAGAAGCAGCAUCUCCAGCAGGGUUAACAACUGCGCGUGCUCCUGUACAAUUUCCGCCCGGCCACUAUCAAUCGAUCAGAGAGUGGAAGAUGGCGGUGGAUCUCUAGUCUGCGGAGCAAGAUCGAUCACCGAAAAACUCGAUUGAGUUUAAUCUUAUAUCGCCGAAAAACACUCCAAAACAAAGACUAUUUGGGAAUUUGGAGACUGGAUACCAGCGGCUUUGCAAAGCUUGUUGAACAGAAGUUCGUCAUCAUCGAAGAUGGACUUCCCAUGGCAUAGUGGGAAAGUCCUGGAGCAGCUAAACCAGCAGCGCCAGAUGGGCCUGCUGUGUGACUGCACCUUCGUGGUGGAUGGAGUGGAUUUCAAGGCCCACAAAGCGGUUCUGGCGGCCUGUAGUUCCUACUUCCGCACCCUGUUCAUCGACCAGAACGACGUGGUGCAUCUGGACAUCAGCAAUGCUGCAGGUUUGGGCCAGGUUCUGGAGUUCAUGUACACAGCUAAGCUCAGCCUCAGCUGUCAGAACAUGGAGGACGUGUUGGCUGUGGCCAACUUUCUCCAGAUGCAGGAAGUAGUCAACGCUUGUUCUGCCUACCAGUCGGUCACGGCUUCCGCACCUUCGCUCAUAGCAGAUUUCUCUGCAGAAAAAGAAGAAGAGGCCAGAGAGAAGCCGGAACAGGACCCUGGAGAGGUGCUUCCCAAAGCAGAGGAGACACAGACCCAGAGUGCUGAUUUGGCAGAAAAAGUGCAGGAGACGGCAGCAGGCGAACCCACUGAACACACAGCCCCGCCAGUGGCGUCUCCCAGCCCCGGCAGAACCCACCCAGGGAGGGGGCGACCGCCUAAAAGCUCCCCACUCAAAGUGCUGGCUGCCCAGACAAAGGCCCCUGCGGGCUCCGAGGAGGAGAGCGUUGUGAAGGACGUUCAAGAGUUUCAAGACGACCCAAGGGAUGCUGACUACACGCCGAAAUCCCAGUGGAGCCGUUCUAGGGGGUCGGUGUACAUGAGCUCCAGGGGCCGGAGAAUCAGGAGAGCUCCUCGCCGAAACUUCCCACCUGAUAAUGACACGGAUGAGGAGAGCGCUCCGAAGCGGGUGAAGCAGGAGGAGCCCCCGGGCCUCCCGGGCCCCGAAGAAGAAGGAGGAGGAGGAGGAGGAGAACAUGGGGAGGAGAACCAGGAGGACAACGAAGAUGGCCACAUGGCGGACGGGGAGGAGGACUGUGAGUUAACCAAAGACCUGGGAGAUGAGGAGGACGAGGAGGAAGAGGAGGAGGAGGAUGAUGAUGAGGAGGAGUCAGGCGGGAACCAGGAGGGAAGGAGCACGCCGACGGGGUCGGCCAACGGACGAUCCGAGUCGAAGCCUUACAGCUCCGUGACCCACAAGUGUGAGGUGAGAGCUGAUUGCGGAAAGAAAUUUACGCACACAGGCAAUUUCAAAAGGCACAUUCGCAUCCACACAGGAGAAAAGCCAUUCAGCUGUCGGGACUGCCAUAAAGCUUUCUCGGACCCCGCGGCAUGCAAGGCUCAUGAGAAAACACACAGCCCUCUGAAGCCAUACUGCUGCUCCACGUGUGGGAAGAGCUACCGGCAGAUCAGCCUGCUCAACCUGCACCGCAAGCGGCACACGGGAGAGGCGCGCUACAGCUGCGGCGUGUGCGGGAAGCUCUUCACCACGUCGGGCAACAUGAAGCGCCACCACCUGGUGCACAGCGGCGAGAAGCCGUACAACUGCGACUUCUGCGACAAGGCCUUCUCCGACCCCACCGCCAAGAUGAGGCACCUGGAGACCCACGACACGGACAAGGGGAACAAAUGCCCGCACUGUGACAAGCGCUUCAAUCAGAUGGGGAAUCUGAAGGCUCAUUUAAAGAUCCACAUAGCUGACGGCCCUCUCAAAUGCAGAGAGUGUGGGAAACAGUUUACAACUUCAGGAAACCUGAAGCGUCACCUGCGCGUGCACAGCGGCGAGAAGCCCUACAUCUGCAUGCACUGCAAGCGGGCCUUCGCCGACCCCGGAGCACUACAACGGCACGAACGAAUACACACAGGGGAGAAGCCCUGCCUCUGCCUGGUGUGUGGGAAGUCCUUCACCCAGGCCAGCUCCCUCAUCGCCCACGUCCGCCAGCACACGGGAGAGAAGCCCUACGUCUGCGACCGCUGCGGGAAGAGGUUCGUCCAGUCCAGCCAACUGGCCAAUCACAUUCGUCACCAUGACAACGUCCGUCCACACAAGUGUAAUAUGUGCAAUAAGGCAUUUGUCAACGUGGGAGACCUGUCCAAGCACAUCAUCAUCCACACAGGAGAGAAGCCGUACCUGUGCGACAAAUGCGGCCGCGGGUUCAACCGCGUGGACAACCUGCGCUCCCACGUGCGCACCGUGCACCAGGGCAAGGCGGGCAUGAAGAGGCUGGUGCUGGCCGGCAGCUCGGACGAGGCCAUCGACGGCCUGGACGACAUGGUCACCUCUGGGGAGGUCAGCAUCGUCACGGUGACCACGGAGGACAUCGUGGCGCUGGCGGCCAGCACCGUGGCUCAACUCACAGACGACACCGAAGCCCUCAAAGCCGAGAUCACCAAGGCUGUGGAGAAAGUGCAGGAAGCGGACCCCAACACGCAGAUCCUGUACGCGUGCGACUCGUGCGGCGACAAGUUCCUCGACGCCAACUCGCUGGCCCAGCACGUCCGCAUCCACACGGCCCAGGCCCUGGUCAUGUUCCAGGCGGACGGAGACUACUACCAGUACACCACGGAGGGGGACGAGGGGGCCGCCACGUGGCAGUCGGCCUCACAGCACGUCAUCCAGGAGGGGGAGGUGCUGUAUCGCACUCAGGAGGCGGGAAGAGAGGGCGACGAGGAGGAGGAGGAGGAGGAGGAGGAAGGAGGAGAGGGAGGGGAUGGAGGGGAUGGAAAGACUAUGCCUGCGGAGGAGGUGGAGGAGCAGGAGGAGGAGGAGGAGGAAGGGGGACAGAGGGGAAGUGAAGGGGAGGCGGUGGGCCAUACGGACGCUCCUUUGGGGUUAGAUGUUGAGGCUGUGGCGGAAGGGGAAGUCGAUGCCUCGGAGGUUAAGGUGAAGACGGAAGCAGAGCUGGAGGGGGAUGUCAUGGUGACGGUGUAAACGAGUCACGUUCUAACAGGCGUGUGGCUCAGUGACACACCUGUCCUUCUGGGGUACGGACUGAGGAGAGUUGAAAUAAUUUAUGAGUGAAGAAAAAACUAUAUUGACGAUACAUUUUUAUUAAAGAAAUGUAUUUUACAGUUGUAAGUAAUUUAUCUAUGGCUUGAGAGAUAAUGUUUCUCCACCAUGGGUUCUACAGGUAAACUGCGACUGAGCAUCAUUUGUAAGGUCACCAGUGUCGGUGAAUAAGACUAAAUGAAUGAAUGCACUAAAAUGAAUGGCUCAUAAACCGUCCAAAUGAAAUGUGUACAUUGUCAUUAUAUUUUACUAAGUUGUAUUUUCAUGAAAGACUAUUGUACAGCGUUGUAGAACUAUUGUGGCUAACAUGUCUGUAUCAAUAGAUUUGUUUUUGUAUGCAUGAGCUGGAAGAUGCUCACAUAUUGGCAGGAAAUGUAUAUUAUGUGCAUGAUAAAUCUUUGUCAUGUCUAAUUUUUUUUUGUUGUGUUAAGUUAACGUUGUAAAUCCAUGACAAAACUCAAUAAUUGAGGGUAUAAUGGGUGAUAAUUUGCCGUCCCUUUAGUUUAAUUGAAUGACGUUUAUUGUACUGGACGAGCUUAAAUAGUAUAAUGUUAAUAGUGGGAAAAUACUGCUUAAACUGAUUCACAACAUACCAAUAACAUUGAUUGCCAGUGUUUAAUAAACUCUGUUCAUUAGAGUAAAUAAGCACAACACUUUGUUACAAUGCUAAUUAAAUGCAGAUAUCAAAUGCA